AUGGAUCUGGACGGCCUAGAAAUUGACCCAGCCAUCGCAGAAGCAAUGGGCUUCACGAGUUUUGGCAGCAAGCGUCGCAAGCACGCUGCACGCGCCGACGACGCCUUCAUCGAUGACAGCGGCAACCAGCUUCCAGCCAGUACGGGCGCGAAUGAUAUUCCUUUGGGUACCAGACCGGUGAUCGACAGUUCAGCUGAGAAGGUUCAAGAGCAAGGAAGUGCGCAAGAGGAAGCAUCAACAACGAGAGUGGNNAGGACACACAAGAAGAGCAGGCACGAGCAGGGGGAGGUGCGAGCAGACGACUGGGCUCUUGGGUUCCCAAACGAUCAAGAGCUUGGUGCACUCAGACGAGGUGUCAAGAAUGCGAGGGGUGAUAUGGUCGUCUUUAUGCCGUCGUUCAUUGAGGAUCCUUGGAAAGGACUUGCCUGA